UGAUCUGGUCUCUGAUUGGUCACACUGGUCAGGAGAUGAUUGACAUGCUCCUCUUGGGUUUCAGUGGCUCUGCUCUCUUGUUUAAUCUCUAAGAGACACAAAGCACAAACGCGUCGCUCAAUAGUCAUGAGGAGCCUGCUCACCACACAGGACCAGAACUUCUACCGCGAGCUGAUCCUGAAGGAGGCCUACACACGACUGGCAUGGAAGAUGAAAUACAGUCAGGAAUAUCCCAGCAGCUCCACGGCUCGCCGGUUCAAAUCCAUUGGGCUUUUCAAUCCUCCAUCUGUCAGUAAACUCACACUGCCUCCUGUGGUCCAGAAACCAAAAACGCCUGUGGUGACCCAGCGGGCCCUGAGCGAGACGCCCCUGAUGAGACCCGUAAGCCCACACACUAAAGCAUCUCUGUACAACGGCUUCUCUCAUGAAGGCAAAGGACGACAGCUAUACCUGAAGAAACGUAGCAAACAAGGUCCUGAAGAGAAAUUCGAAUAUCCAAUUUUGUCUUCUUGGGAUUAUGGAUGGAGGUUAGGUGACUAUGACACCGACUGCAAGACGCCGGCCAACGGAAGAUCUGAGAUCGUAAGGAACACUUUCUAUGCCAGGAAUGGCAUUUUUAAUAUUCCCUCGGCAACAGAUCGGCUCGGAUAAAAUGCCCCUAGACUAUUUCAUCAACUCCAGACCUGGAGAAGAAAAUGUCAAGUUCCCAUAAACUUUAACUGACAGUGUGUUUACUUUCUAAGACCCAAUGUCCAGAAUACUCUGACACAGUAAAUCAUUUAUUUAAAUUAAGUAAAUUCUUUGUCUAAUGGUAAAG